UCGAGUCGUGGUGUUACAGCUUAGGAAUGCAGCUCGUCAACAACGGUUAGCUUGGCUUAUAGCAUCAGCUGGAGCUGUUGGCAGGUGAUAGGGGCUGUUCCAAGGCUGUGUGUCAACGCGUCUCCAGCCACAGAAGGUGCCAAAAAAGACUCACCACCAUGGCCACAGCACAGUCCAUGUUGUUGCUAGCAGUCCACGUCCUACUCAUCUCGGAGUUUAUUCUGGCCAAACGGGACUACUACGAGAUACUGGGGUUGCCGCGAGAUGCCACCGAGCGCCAGAUUAAAAAAGCUUUCCACAAACUGGCACUGAAAUACCAUCCCGACCGAAACAAGGGGCCGGACGCUGAGGCAAAGUUCAGAGAAAUAGCUGAGGCGUACGAGACUUUGUCCGACGACAAGAGGCGUAAAGAAUAUGACCAAUUUGGCCACGGCUCAUCACCAGGAGGAGGCCACGGUGGAGGCGGCCACACAGGCGGCAGCUACACAGGCGGCGGCCACGCAGGUGGUGGUGGCAACUACAACUUCCGCCAGCACUUUCAGUCCUUUAAUUUCAACUUUGAUGACAUUUUGAAAGACUUUGACCAUUUUGGCCAACAUCAACAACAACACCACUUUCACUCCAACCCGAACUUCGCAAACCAUCAAGCUCAUCACAAGAGACACUUUGAAGCUCAUGCCCAGGCCCACCGCGAGGCCAUGAACAGACACAGGGGACAGUUUCAGCAAGGAGCGUUCGGUGGCGGCGGCGGCGGCGUCUUCAACAAUAUGUUUGAGGACUUGGAGAAGAUGUUCUCCUUCAACACGCACACAAGGACUGAGAACAAAUUCCAGAACACGGGGAAGCAGCACUGCAGGACAGUGACCCAGCGCAGAGGGAACAUGGUGACCACCUUCACUGACUGUUCUUAAGACCAGCGGGGAAUGAUGCACCAGUGAGCACAUCUACUUGGGACUCUGCUGUUCCUUUUUUUGUUUGUUUGUUUGGUUUUGGAAUUGAUUUGCUAAUUUAUCUCUUGAUGAAACUCUAGAAUGGUUUUGUGUGGCUUUUUUUUUUGACUUCCCUGUAUGUAAGUUGCUCCUGGAACAAAUAUCUGAGCAGGUUUGAUGCUUCAAAGCAAUAAGUCAUUCACUUUAUAACUCGUAUGACACAUAGUGGUAGGUGUAAGUUUCAAACACAUAUCGUACUUCUACAUUUACUGGCUUUUCAGGUGCAUGUUGGUGAUUUGUGUUCAAUUUGAUAACAGUACAAUUAUGUCCCCCAGACUCACAUUAGAGGAUUAUUAUUAUUUACAAUAAUAAUACUUCACUACAUAUCUGUUAAGGACUGGUUUUACCUUAAAAUUCUUCCUGGCUUUAUUUUUUACACAUUAUUUUUUGUCUUGGGUUUAAAAAACAAUUACAAUUCAACAAAACAAAUUUUGAAUUUUUAGCACUUGCAUAGGAUAUUGUUCAAAAAAUAGAGCUUUACAGCAGACGUGUGCAGGUUGGCCAUGAUCAACUGUUACCUCAUUUUAAGUUUUCCUACAGAGCUGUAUCUACCUUUCUUCCAUCAGGGCACGAAUAUAAUCAGUCCUGUGAGACCAACACUGGCGGCCGCGGCUACUGCUUCUGUAGCUCCCAGCUGUUUUCACACUGUAGUUACUGUACGACAUCGUAGCUGCCAGACGCCAGUGAAGCUGAUCGGUCGAAGGGGCUGUUUCCUAAACUGAUCGUUAUGUGCAAUAUUUAGUACCUUAAUGCUCUUCACGUUGCCUCUCUGUACAGACCACAGUGAUGUCAUUGUCUAAUGUCUGUACUUUGUGCGAUUGUGCACAUGUAUGAGAGCCCUGAAUGUUGAUUUGUUAAGUAAUGUUUGACAAAUUAAUAAAAAAAAAAAUUAAAAGGGUAA